AUGGACUGCAACAAAGAAGAGGCCAUAAGGGCCAAGGACAUUGCUGAAAAGAGGAUGGAAAACAAGGAUUUCGCGGGGGCUCGUAAAUUUGCUCUUAAGGCUAAGCAGUUGUAUCCAGUUUUGGAUAAUAUACCUCAAAUGCUUGUUGUUUGUGAUGUGCACUGCUCUGCAGAGCAGAAAGUGUUCGAUAAUGAGAUGGACUGGUAUGGAAUUCUUCAGCUAGAACACACAGCUGGUAAUGCAAUGAUUAAGAAGCAGUACCGAAAGCUUGCUCUUCAGCUUCAUCCAGACAAAAACAAGUUUUCUGGUGCUGAAUCUGCAUUUAAGCUGAUUGGGGAAGCUCAGAGAGUGCUUUCAGACACUGUAAACCGGACUAGGUAUGACAUAAAGCUUAGGUUGAACAAAGCUUUUAUGCCUCGUCAAAAUCAACAGAGGGUUCCUUCGAAUUUCAAUUCUGCAAUGAAAAACAAUGUCAGCCCCAACUUUACAAACUCAAACACCCAAAUGCAGCAGCAAAAUAAGCAGCCCGCACAGCAGCAGCAAAAUAAGCAGCCUGCACAGCAGCAGCAAAACGGCGUGCGCCGCACUUUUUGGACCGCCUGCCCAUUUUGCACCGUGAGAUAUCAGUACUAUAGAGAAGUUAUAAAUAAAUCUAUUCGCUGUCAACAAUGCCAUAGGCCCUUCGUUGCAUAUAUUGUGGACGGGCAAGGUUCGUCUCAAACAACUAACUCAAGUCAGCAAGCAUCUGGCCAGCAGAAAGAUGGUUUGAAUCAUGGUACUUGGAAGGAAAGUGUUGGAUCUGAAGGCAACUCGCAUACUGAGAAGUCGAAUACAAGGCCUUUCAAGAAUGAAGACCCCGUUGGCUCGGGAAUGCCAAAUGUAAAGAGAAAGUGGAAUCCAUUGGAAGGCCUAAGCUCUGAGUCUUCAAGCAGUAGUGAUUCUGAUUCUGACAGUGAAAUAUUUGCUGGUGUGAAUGGCUUUCCAGGUGUAAAAAACCAUUCAACUGGGCAGCCACACAGAUCUGUGCGACAGAAGCCUAACGUUUCCUACAGUUAUAAUAUGAGCGACAAUGACUCUUUAAGACCUUCAAAAAGGGGUGAGGAGAAUGGAGCACCUUGUGUUAAUGGUCAAAGUCAUAAUGAGACCAUUAAAAUGAAUGAUCAGAAUGGUUCAGUAGCUGAUCCAAAAGAUGAACAUGAAAAGGUAAAGCAGAAACAAGAUUUUUAUUCAAAAGAGAGCUCACUGAAUAGAAAUGAGCUAAAAAAUUGGGCAAAUGGAAAAGAAGCUAUGGGUGGAUCAAAGGUAAAGCAGAAACAAGAUUUUCAUUCAAAAGAGAGCUCACUGAAUAGAAAUGAGGAAAAAAAUUGGGCAAAUGGAAAAGAAACCGUGGGUGGAUCAAAGCAGAUGGGUGAAACUUCAGAGCAUUUUUCUCCAAAUUCAGUCUAUAAGGCAACAAAUCAGCCUAAUGCUAAUGUCUAUCCCAAUGCAGAGCAUUCUUCUCCAAAUUCAAUCUCUAAGGUAACAAAUUAUCCUAAUGCUUAUGUCUAUCCCAAUGCCGAGUUCAGCGAUUUUGACAAGGAGAGAAAAAAAGAAUGUUUUGCACCUGGGCAGAUUUGGGCUAUCUAUGAUACAACAGAUGGCAUGCCUAGAUUCUACUCUUUAAUCAGAGAAGUUCUCUAUCCUGAAUUUCAUUUGAAGGCAACAUGGCUUGAACCACAUCCAGAUGACAAUGAUGAAAUCAAGUGGGUAGAUAAGGAAUUGCCUGUGGCCUGUGGGAAAUUUAAACUUGGUACCACUGAUUUGAUUAAAGAUCAUCUGAUGUUUUCUCAUCUAGCUCAGUGUGAUAGGAUGGGCCGCAAUACGUUUAAAGUCUAUCCUAGAAAGGGAGAAACAUGGGCUGUUUUUAAAAAUUGGGAUAUCAAAUGGUACGUAAAUGCGGAAUCUCGUAAGCAGUAUACAUAUGAGUUUGUUGAAAUCUUGUCAGAUUAUGUCGAAGGUGAGGGUGUAUCUGUUGUGUACUUGGGUAAGUUGAAAGGUUUUGUAAGCCUCUUCUUUCAAAUUAUGAAAGAAGAUAACCGGCCAUUUCAAAUUCCAUCCCUGGAGUUAUUUAGAUUUUCUCACAGGAUUCCAUCUUUCAAAAUGACUGGUCAGGAAGGAGCAGGUGUUCAAUUAGGAUAUUUAGAAUUUGAUCCUGCGUCUAUACCAAUGAAUCUUGAAGAGCUUGCUGUUCCUCGAAAUUUGGAUGUGAAGAUUGAGCAUAGUUCACGAGGCAGUGAGAAUGCAAAAUCUAAACAAAAAUCAAAAUCCUUGUCGAGGCCGGAAGAAAUUGCAUCCACUCCCAAGGUUAAUAUUGAACCAGGCAAUCCGACUGAGAUAAAAGAUUCUUUUGAUGAUAUGGAUGACGGCCAUACUACUCCAACUUCAACCCUUGAUGCUUUUGAAAUUCCAGAUGCUCAAUUCUUCAACUUUGAAACUUGGAGGUCCCUUGAUAAGUUCCAGAUUGGUCAAAUAUGGGCAUUUUACAGCGAUGAAGAUGGAAUGCCAAAAUACUAUGGUGAGAUUAAAAAAAUUGAGACUAGCCCUGAUCUUGAGUUGCAUGUUAAUUGGCUUGCUUGCUCCCAGCUACCAGAGGGUACCGAUAAAUGGAAUGAUGAAGAUAUGCUUACUACCUGUGGCAGAUUUAGAAUGAUGAAAACAAAUGAUUUUCUCUCUGUUUACAAUAGCCUCUCUUGUAUUUCACAUCAAGUACAAGCUGAGGCUAUCGGUAAGAGUUACGCCAUCUAUCCAAGAAAAGGUGAAGUAUGGGCUGUAUAUAGGAAAUGGUCAAAUGAAAUCAAGUGUUCUGACCUGAAAAAUCUGGAGUAUGACAUAGUGGAAGUUCUUGAAGAAGGUAGUUGGUUUAUAGAGACUUUGGAUUUGGAGAAUGUUAAUGGUUAUCGAAGUGUCUUCAGAGGCAAAGUAAUUGAAGGUUCUUCUGUCAAAGUGAGAAUCCCCAGAAAAUAUUUGCUUAGGUUCUCUCACCAAAUUCCAGCUUUCAAACUGACACAAGAGCAUGGCAAUCUCAGCGGCUUCUGGGAGCUUGAUCCGGGUGCGCUACCACCAUCAUUCCUGUGGCCUUAG